AUGAACUCUCCCCACCUUACACGCCCGGAAGAAAGCUGGCGACCCCCUGCCGCCGGAGGACAUGCACCGCAUCGCACCUGUUUUCAAGCGCCGCCGAAUAGACAGCAUCCCGAUUGCUACGCCACUCUGCCAGAAGUGACGCCAAAGGCAGCAGCUGUUCCCUUGGUGUCGCCGGUGUCAAAUCUCUUCUCGGGCAGUUCCGUAGCGAUUUGGGUAAAGACAACGGCGGUGCUGGUCCCGAAGACCCCGGGCAGCUCCGGGGCCUUCUCCGGCUCGAACUUCUUGGACUUCUCCGUGAGCUUCUCUCCCGUCGCCGGUCCUCCGACGGCAUCCGUACCUGCAUUAGAAACGGGCCAAGAAUCGAGUCUCGUAACGGCCGGUUACAGGUAUCUAACCUUUUUCUGCGCCACAACCCCCAAGUAUUUCUUGGAUGCGGGCAAUCGAGCCGCCGAGCUGCCGCCGUCAAACAGCCUUCCUUGGCUCCAUCUUGGUAUUGGCGUCUGCAUGUUGCUAUCAAGAUGGUUCGCCGGCACUGAGGUGGAGGACAACACUACAACUUACUUACGUUGCUUAACCCUCCUCAGCCAAGUGAACUCUCUGACAUGGGACGUGGUAAUUUAG